AUUAUUAAUUCAACUGAUUGUGUUGUUGACACUCAGGUUAAAUUGUUAAAGAUUGUCAAGUAAACAGAUAAAUACAAGAGUGAUAAAGGGUCGAAUAAUCUUGGAAGGAUGAUCUCAUAAAGGAAUCACGUGCAAGAUAUUUUGACAAUCGUCAAUUUUUCUUAUCAAGCCUCAUUAAACUAUCGUUUAGAGCUUCGUUCAAUUUUGUGUAAUUAGGUUUUCACAUCUCAAUCUAUUCAAUCAAUCAAUACAGUUUAAGUCAGUUUAGCAAUUCUCUGCGCUUUCCUAAUUUACAAAGCCAUCUGAAUAUUUCCUGUUCAUCCAACUCGUUAAAAUCCCAAAGAUCACCAUGUCUGGAAUCAAUCUUAAGCCAUUUCAAACCGAAGCACAACCUAACGUCUUUUCAAACACAAUUGAUCUGGAAGAAGAGAGUUCUCAACCCCAACAAUCGAGAUUAACAACAGAUUUGUCAACAUCGACAAAAACUAAAAAUUCUGGCACUACAAUGGCAUCUUCCAAUACAACGUAUCAGUCAAUCCCAAUCAAUCCACCCGUUUCCACUGAUAAACCGGAGUCCAAGUUUACAAGAUACAUUAAAACGUUUUCUCUUCCCCCAAUUAUCUUUGACAGUUUUAUGUCAAUGGUAACCUCACUUUUGGUAUGGUUGUCCGUUUACACCAUUGUGGGGGCUGACAAUCUUCCAGGUGGCAUCGUUUUCGUAAUCGUAUUUCUUGAGUUCGGAGGACGAAUAACUGGGUAUUUUGCCAGUUUAUGUCAUUUGCCACCCAUGGUCGGAAUGCUGGGAUUAGGAAUCGUCAUACGAAAUGUGCCUUACAUCGAUUUCGGAAAAUAUUUGCCUUCGACAGUUGCUUCACCAAUAAGACAACUUUCGCUAGCCGUAAUUUUAACAAGAGCUGGACUCGGUCUGGACUUGGACGUUUUAUUAAAGUUUAAAUGGCUCGUGGCUCGAUUAGCAUUUUUUCCAACGGUGGUUGAAGCCAGCGUUGUUGGAAUCUUGGUGCAUUUCAUAAUUGGAUUUCCUUGGUUGUGGUCGCUCAUUGUCGGCUUUUCAAUUGCAGCAGUCUCGCCAGCAGUGAUCGUCCCUCGAAUUUUGAUAUUGAAGGAGCAGGGCUAUGGAGUGGAGAAAGGUAUUCCAACCAUCAUUUUGGCUGCGGCAAGCUUGGACAAUAUUGUCGCUAUUGCUCUAUUCGGAGUUUGCAUCGGGUUCACGUUCUCUACCAAAAGUUUAGCACUGACAAUUCUGCAAGGACCCCUGGAAAUCUUAUUGGGAUGCUGCACUGGGCUGAUGUGGGGAGCUUUCACCGGAAUUGUCUUUCCUUCCUCUGUGGAAAGUGGACAAAAGAAUUGGGAUAACACGGUUUUUAAACUGUUGAUGGUUCUUGGAGGGUCGGUAGCAUCCGUUUUAGGAUACAACAAAUUGGGAUAUUCAGGCGCAGGGGUUCUGAGUUGUCUCAUUUCGUCUUUCACGACUGCGUGCUUCUGGAAAAAGCGAGGUGCAGUUAGCGAUUUUGAGACUAUACGAUGGAUGUUUACAUUCUUGUGGAAGUUUUUUGAGCCAUUGUUGUUUGGCGUCAUCGGAUGUCAAAUUGUGGUUGAAACUCUUGAUAAAAAUGUUGUAGUUCUUGGAAUCGGGUGUUUGGUUGUUGGGUCGGUGGUACGAUUUGGAACCACAUUCAUAAUGGUAACUAAAAGUGGGCUAUCCCUGAAAGAACGCAUAUUUUUUAGCAUUGCUUGGACUCCCAAAGCUACUGUUCAGGCAGCCAUUGGACCAAUGGCUCUGGAUCUGGCCCAAAAAUCUGGAAAUAUAGACGAUGAAAAUUUAGGAUUACAAGUUCUAACUCUCGCAGUGCUGGUUAUUUUGUUAACUGCGCCGCUAGGUGAACUAGCGGUGAUAAUGGCAGGACCUCGACUGCUAUCGAAACCCCUUCAAGUCAUGCAGGAGGAUAUUAUUGUUGGAAGAAUGUCAAAUCAGGACCAACAAAAUGUCUGCAACUAAUUUUAUACUAAUAGUUUUAGUUUUUCUAUGUUAUAUGACCGAAAGUAGAACACGGUUGGUUUAUUCUUAUUCAAUUUACUGACUAAUCUUACACCGCUUGCUGCGUACGUUAAUAACUUAAAAUGUUUAGUAUCCAAUUAGUAAUACAAACGACCCAUAAAUUUCACACGGUACGAGAAAGAAUACAUUCAGAUAAAUGAACUAUUGAUUGCAAAUUGCAUACUUAGAUAUUUCUCCCAAUACGAUAGUAAUUAUUAAUAUUCUCCUUUAGUAAGUAGAGCAGAUAUUAAACACACAAUAAUAAGUGUUGAAUACUCUUAAACAAAUAUCACCAGAAAUAACUCAAUUUUUCUUACAUUGUCAUGCUUUUUAUACAUAUUGAAAAAGGGCACA